UCCGUCCCGGAGGCUUCUGUACGUGGCAGCGUCAAAGCCCCCCCAAAAAAGCCCUCCGCGUGCUGCUCGGGACCCCGGUGUGCCAACGGCGAGCACGUCUGCACCCCGACGCGGGAAUAACGGUUAUUGAUCAAGACAGAAUGAGGACGUUCCUGUUCUUCGUCCUUUGGACGCUGCUCUGCUGCUCGACUGCUCGGGCAGAAAUCUUCACCUCCAUCAGCCAGAUGACCGACCUGAUCUACACGGAGAAAGAGCUGGUCCAGUCUCUGAGGGAUUACAUCAGAGCAGAGGAGGACAAGCUGGCCGCUGUCAAAAGCUGGGCCCACAGACUGGACGAUCUGACCCGGGUGUCCACCUCCGACCCGGAGGGCUACCUGGCUCACCCGGUGAACGCCUACAAGCUGAUGAAGAGGCUCAACACGCAGUGGUCCGAGCUGGAGACCCUGGUGCUGCAGAACCCCUCUGACGCGUUCGUCUCCAACAUGUCGGUGCACAGACAGUACUUCCCGGGUGACGAGGACGAGACGGGUGCAGCCAAGGCGCUGAUGCGCCUGCAGGACACGUACCGACUGGAUUCCGAGGCCUUCUCCAGAGGAAAGCUGCCAGGUGUGCAGUACAAUGCCCUGCUGUCGGUGGACGACUGCUUCGACAUGGGGAAGACGGCGUACAACGACGAGGACUACUACCACGCCGUGCUGUGGAUGCAGCAGGCCCUGAAGCAGCUGGACGGCGGGGAGGAGUCUGUGGUCACCAAGGCGGACAUUUUGGAUUACCUCAGCUACUCCGUCUACCAGAUGGGAGACCUGGCCCGAGCCAUCGAGCUGACGCGGCGGCUGGUGGCCAUCGCCCCCACCCACCAGAGGGCCGGAGGGAAUCUGCGGUACUUUGAGCACCUGCUGCUGAAGCAGCUCAACGAGCAAAACCAGGACUACCCGCCGGCCCCCGAGGAGCCCAUCCAGCUGGGGACCUACAGCAGACCCAAAGACCACCUCCCGGAGAGGGAGACCUACGAGGCGCUCUGCAGGGGGGAGGGGCUCCAGAUGAACGACGCCAGGCGCAGCCGCCUCUUCUGCCGCUACCACGACGGGCGGAGGAACCCCCGCCUGCUGCUGAAGCCCAUGAAGGAGGAGGACGAGUGGGACAGCCCCCACAUCGUACGCUACCUGGAGAUGCUGUCCCACCAGGAGGUGGAGAAGAUCAAGGAGCUGGCUAAACCCAAGCUGGCCAGAGCUACAGUCAGAGACCCCAAAACCGGCGUCCUGACCACCGCCAACUACAGAGUAUCAAAAAGCGCGUGGUUGGAAGAAGACGACGACCCGGUCAUCGCUCGAGUCAACCAGAGAAUAGAAGACAUCACAGGCUUGGAAUUAGACACUGCAGAGUUACUACAGGUGGCUAAUUAUGGAGUUGGAGGACAGUACGAGCCACAUUACGACUUCUCCAGGCGUCCUUUUGACAGCAAUCUCAAGCGUGACGGAAAUAGACUCGCAACCUUCCUGAACUACAAAGAUGAGCCCGAUGCUUUCAAAAGAUUAGGCACUGGAAAUCGCGUGGCGACUUUUUUAAACUACAUGAGUGACAUUGAGGCCGGAGGAGCCACCGUGUUCCCCGACUUCGGAGCAGCAAUCCGCCCGAAAAAGGGGACGGCCGUGUUCUGGUUCAACCUGUUCAGGAGCGGCGAGGGAGACUACCGGACCCGACACGCCGCCUGCCCCGUCUUAGUGGGGAGCAAAUGGGUGUCAAACAAGUGGAUUCACGAGCGUGGGCAGGAGUUCAGGAGGCCCUGUGGCUUAACAGAAGUGGACUGAACCCCCACCUGAACAACACUCCAUUUUGCUCUACUUGUCCUCAGCCUAGAGACACAUUUUAUAAGAACAUUAAAACAAUUUUUGUAUGAACUGGCUGGAUGAUUUUUAUUUUAUUUCUUUUAGCAGAUAAAUACAAACUUUUAUUCCGCUGAUCCUAAAGCAAGGAUAUAAGUCUUUUUAGUCACAGCCCUUCAAAGUAAAAAAAUUGCCGUUUGUGAUAAAUAAAAACCCUUAUUGAGCUGAAACCAGAGCUGUGAAAAACUAAAGAUCUCAGAGUGAUGUCCGACACAAAUCUUUAAUAUCUGAAGAAGCAGUAAUGUGUCCACCUAAGAACGACUAAUGCUGCAAUACGAAGACGUCUGCACUAAAACUAACUUGUCUAAAGUCUAUUUAGAUGUUAAUUUGGGAAACAGCUGUUAGUGACCAUGUUUUAAACACAAAUUAACUUUUCAAAUACUCACAUUGUUUACCUCAAGGACAAAAAAAAAACAUUUCCUCCAAUCAUGUCCUCAAUGUUUUUAUUUAUAGUGUUUAAAUUAUUCCAUAUGUUGUCCUCCUUCUGGAGGGCAGCAAACACUUUAA